AUGGCGACAACCACAAACCCUGUGGCGGGCCCCGGCGAGCUCUUCGUCAAUGGGCGCAUCUUCCUCCACAACGCCGCAGCUGGCCUCGACACUCAGCCGUCUUUCGCAGAGAGUAUGUUCGUUGCUGACGGCCUCAUCCGGGACAUCGGCAUGGCGGCGGACCUCACGGCAAAGCACGCAUCGAACAAGGUCACGACGCACGACCUCCGGGGCAGGACGGUCCUCCCCGGCUUCGUCGACGGCCAUGUCCACCUGCUCCUCCUGGGCCAGUCACUGCGCAAGCUGAGCCUCGAGCACUGCCGCUCCCUCGAGGACAUCCGCGGCGCCGUUCGGGCCUACGCCGCCGCCAACCCAGACCUCCCGCGCAUCAUGUGCAAACUGUGGACGCACUCCAUGACCCCCGACGGCGUCGACAAGACCAUGCUGGACGACAUUGACCCUCGGCCCAUCUUCAUCGACACCAAGGACCUGCACUCAACCUGGUGCAACACGGCCGGCAUAAAGGAGCUAGGUAUCGAGAACACACCCGACCCCUCAGGAGGCAAGAUCCACCGCGACGCCGAGGGCAGGGCCACAGGUCUGCUCAGCGAGGCCGCCGUGCUCACCAUCGUGUGGCCCCAUCUCGCCCAGGUGGCGCCCAAGCGAGAUCGGAUGGACGCCAUCAGGGCUGCCAUCGAGACGUACAACGCCUCCGGCUACACUGGUCUGGUCGAGAUGGCCAUGGACGAACCCGCGUGGGACGCCGUCUGCUCUCUACGAGCCGAGGUACCAGACCUGCCGAUGCGCAUCCACGCCUACUGGCUCAUCAGGCCAUCCGAAUCCGAGGAGGAUCGCUUCAGGCAGGUGGACCGGGCUAUCGAGCUGCACGCUGAGCUCAAUCAGACGACGUCCCCCGACCUGCGCAUCGUGGGCAUCAAGAUCAUCACCGACGGUAUCAUCGACGCCUGCACCGCCCACCUGUCCGAACCCUAUGCCGAGGUUGGCUCACCUCUGCCCUUCUGGACCCCCGAACAGCUCGGCCCCGUCGUCAGAAGGGCUGAUUCGGCCGGAUUGCAAAUCGCCUUGCACGCCAUUGGCGACGCGGCCAUAAGGAACGCCGUCAACGCGCUUGCUGACCACGCCACCCCCGGCCGCCGGCACCGCCUCGAGCACAUCGAGAUGGCCUCCCCCGAAGACGCCAGGCGCCUCGGCGAGCUGGGGCUGACAGCCUCGGUCCAGCCCGUCCACGCGGACCCUGCCAUCCUCCGUGCCUGGCCACGCCUCCUCGGCGCCCACCGCUGCGGCCGCGCCUUCCCCUACCGUGAGUUCGCCGAUCACGGCGCUCUCCUCUCGCUGGGCAGCGACAGUCCCACCGCCCCUUGGGCGCCGCUGCAGAACGCCUACGUGGCGACCACGCGACGCUCGGCGAGGGAGCCCACCUUCGACGUCGUCGUCAACGAGCACUUCAGACUGGGCGUGUGCGAGGCCCUCACGGCCGCCGCAUUCGGAACUGCAAAGAGCGUAUUCGCUGAAGAUCGGAUAGGGUCGCUGCAGGUCGGCAAGCGCGCGGACUUUGUUGUCACCGACGUGGACUGGACGCCGCAGGGUCUUUUAAAGGGCGAGAUCGAGGCCACCUGGUUUGACGGGAGGAGGGUUUGGGCGUCUUCUUCCGACGUAUGA